AUGUCUGUCACUUCUCACACUUCAUUCCCUCCACCUGCUCCUUCUGCUCGUUCGAAAUUCACCACUCAACCAACAGAACGCGAUUUCGAUUCUGAUUUGACACAUGAUUUUGGUGAUCCAAAUUUCGAUAUCGAUGGUAUAGGAACCACAGGAGCAGAAGCAGGACUAGGUGAUACGGGAACAGAAGAAGAAGCUGUACAUUUUUGUUUAUUGGCUGAAUUCGAUAUUGAUGCUGGAGCGACUUUGGCCCAUCAAUAUCCAUAUCCAACUGGCACAGAUGAGCAUCGACUAGCAGAAUUGAUGUUACCUGAUGGAGCACAUUUACGACCGGAAGAUUGGACUGUAUUCUAUCUAGGUCAAACUCCUUCUUCUGCAAUCGCACCUAUGUUAUCACAUGAAUCAUCAUCCAGGAUAUCGUUAGAAUCAGAUAAAAGAGCGAGUAUGAUGCCUUCUGAUAGAGCUACAAGAGGUGUUUCAGGUGGAGGAUUAUUGUAUGUUUUAAAUUGCGUUAGGAUGAAGGAAGAUAAGAAAAUGAGAAGAGGCGCAAUGGUGAAAGCCAUGGCUAUAUGUACUCCUAAUCCAUAUAUUGGAAUAUACAAGCCAUUACUACUUCUUGCCCUGGAAGAAUAUUUCAUUUCUCCUUCGCCUGAGAUAUUAGCUCGUUUAUUCGAUUCAGCCAAUGCCAUAUCCACAGCUGGGAUGCCACGUUUAACGCGAUACGAACGAAUCCUUUUACGUUGUUCAGAAAGAAAAGAUUUAUUCGAAGAAAAGUUCGGUGUGAUCGAAGUGAAUACCGGUACGCAAGAAGUGUUCCAGGAUCUCCCCUCUGAAUACGGCCAGAGAUAUGUCUCAACCUCUAGUGAGGGUAGCGAGACUCUGAAAGACAGUGUGAAUGGUAGAAGUGGAUCAGGAGGUCCGAAUUCCACAUCAACAUCCACGACAACAUCGACAUCUGGACAUCGUAAGACCCUUUCAUCAUCUUCAGGUGUAAGGAUGGUACGAAAAGGUUCAGCAAGUUCUUCACAAUUCUAUCUAGCUACUCCACCUUCAAAAGAAGGUCGGUCGACUCCUGAAGUAGGAUAUGGAGAAUCAACAAAAAGAAUAGGUGUCCCUAGAGAUACUCAUUUCUUCGAAACAGAAGCUAGAUUCAAGAAGAUCACCGUACCGAUAAGAAUACCAAUGACCGUUUUCGAUGAAGAUGUUGGUGAUUACUCGCUCAUCGAGCUGGUCCAGACGUUCUCACAUAUUGUUACACCUUUUCCACCACCUUACCAUCCUCAUUUACACACGAAUGGAUCAUCGACACAUCCCAUCAUCUUAAUACUUAAUGCGAUGUUAGCUCAUAAACGAGUAAUGUUCCUCGGACAUGGACUUCCAGCUAAUCAAGUAGCACGUAUGGUAUUAGCUGCUUGUGCAUUAGGAUCAGGAUGUGGUCAAGUCCUACGUGGAAUGACAUCUUGUGCAUUCCCAUAUGCGAAUCUAGCUUCUUUAGACAUAUUAGAAGAAUUCUCAGGUUUCGUAGCAGGAGUAACGAAUCCAAGAUUCGAAGAAUUGCCUACAACAUGGGACAUCUUAUGUAACCUGGAAACUGGGAGAGUGACCGUUUCGAAGAAUCUUCAAUCGACUAAUGUAGGUUCGAUCAGAUCAGGUAGAUCAUCAGAAACAUCUUUAGGAAGUGGAAGCUUGAUUAAAGUUGAAGAUGAUCCUUCAACUACGACAAAUACACCUCAAGCUAAAAUGAACAGUAUAGCUAAAAGUGAUUGUGUCGAUAACCAAUUCAUGGAUGAGAUAAUAUCAGCAAUGUCAUCGCAUUAUGGAGAAUCAAAUAUCCGACUACGCUUCGUAGAUUACCUGAAUCGAUUCGUUAGAAUAGCGGCUCAUCAAGAAUACAUACAAACUGGUUCUACCAGAAUUGGUUAUCCGAGCGUGGCUUAUCGUGAUGGGCAAUUGGGUAGCGGAGCCGUUUUCGCAGAUGAACAAAGUAAAAAUAGGGAGUUGUGGGCAAAUGCUCAUAGAGUCGAAGCUUGGAGGAAGACUGGGAGUUAUAAACUAUUUGCAAAAGACUGGCAAUCACGUAUGAAGAAACGAUCAGUCGAAUUUGACGUCCAACAUCAAAUUGCUCGACUGAGAUCAGCCAAGAACAUGUCAGAUGCAGAAGCUGAAACAAUCUUUAAUGCUCUAAAUAAUGGUAUCAAUGAUUAUGACCAAGUUGUAGAGUUACUGACUCAUUUACCUGCACAUUGGGGUGGAUUGAUGCCUAUUGCAAACGGCUUAUUCCACCGUUGGACAGGAGUCAGAGAAAACGCUCUAGAUCUGUUAAUUACCAUACAACAAUAUCCUGUUGGUCGACACGCUAUAUCUUCUAUGAACUAUUUCCAUCGAAAAGCUCUAAUAUCCUUGUUAGAAAGAAGGGAAGCCAAUUACAUUCGGUUCAAUUCACCCACUUUAUCUAAUUUCAGUUCGAAUGUCAAUACAAACACGAAUGCGACUACGAAUGGAUGGUCAACAAGUGAUCAUUCCCCUGCAACAGUUCAAGGUGGUAGUACGAACGUGACUCCUCAACAAGGUGUAAGUAAAGUCAUCAAAGCGUUCUUGGAUUGA